CGAUGGAAACUCCGAGACCAACCCACAUGACAUUUUUACCCCUUACACUUUCCCCAAUUUACACCAAGUCCCUCCCUUCCUUCAUAAGAAUGCGCUUCCUCCUUCCCUCAUUGCCUAUCAGACCAUGCAGCGUGCGACGGCGGUCAAUGACCAACCACGGCGGAGCUCCGGCCCGGCGGCGGCGGAUGGAGAGAAGGUCUUCAGGGGGGACGAGGAGUUCAGUUACGCCUCAUCGAACUAUUUGAAGACGAUUUUUGCCCUGGCGCUGUGGCUCGGAACCUUUCAUCUCAACGCAGGGUUGAUUCUCCUCACGCUUCUCGUCCUCUCUCUCAGCCAAGCACUCUUGCUUAUAGGUUUGCUUCUCGUGUUGAUGCUGAUUCCUAUUGAUGAAAAUAGCAAAUUCGGUCGAAAAUUAUCCAGGUACAUAUGCAAGCACGUUUGCAGUUACUUUCCCGUCAUUCUUCAUGUGGAAGAUAUGAAGGCCUUUCAUCCCAAUCGUGCUUAUGUUUUUGGCUAUGAACCACAUUCAGUUUUUCCAAUUGGAGUUGUUGCAUUAGCUGACAACACAGGUUUUAUGCCUCUUCCCAAAAUAAAAGUUCUUGCUAGCAAUGCGGUUUUUUACACACCUUUCUUGAGACACAUAUGGACUUGGUUGGGUCUGGCUCCAGCGACAAGGAAAAGGUUUACCGCUCUGUUGGAUGCUGGCUACAGUUGUAUCUUAAUACCUGGUGGAGUUCAAGAAACAUUUCUCAUGGAGCAUGGUUCUGAGAUUGUCUUUCUUAAAGCAAGGAGAGGAUUUGUGCGCAUAGCAAUGGAGAAGGGCAAACCCCUGGUUCCAGUUUUCUGCUUUGGGCAGUCAAAUGCCUAUAAGUGGUGGAAACCAGGUGGGAAGCUAUUUCUGAAUUUUUCGAGGGCUGUCAAGUUCACCCCAAUAUAUUUUUGGGGAAUUUUCGGAUCUCCGAUACCCUUUAUACAUCCACUGCAUGUGGUGGUGGGUAGACCAAUUGAACUCGAGAAAAAUCCCGAGCCAACUCCUGAGGAGGUAUAUUCUGGCAUCCAGUAGCUUCUAUCGUCUUCUUGUUAUACAAGUCUGCGUUUUGAUCUUGCUAAUAAGCGUCC